AUGGAUCAGUUACAGAUUCCACAAAAGCACAAUGGAGAAAAUCAUUCACAAAUACUACAUGGAUCUUUUCAAUAUUCACAUCGUCUUGCCAUUAUUAGAAAGGAGGAGAGACAUAUACCGCCACCGGUUCAUCCUUCUGAAAUCCGAUAUACUAUUUUGUCAAUGAAGAGUCGAACACCUGGUUCUGUCAGAGUAAGACCUGAACACCUGAAGAACCCUGCUCCAUUGCUCAUCAAUACGUUAGCUCGGUUCUGCACACGUUACCUGUCACAAUUCAAGGUUGUUUUUCAAUGGAACACCCACAAGACUGUGUUAUUGUUCAAGAAGGGUGACCACCACGACAUCGGAAACUAUCGCCCAAUCUGCUUUCUGUCCAUCGUCUACAAACUUUUCACUCCAAUUAUUCUGAACAGGAUUGAUAGAACAGCAGACUGA